AUGAAGAGCGCUAAAUUAGACGUUAAGUCGGUUGCAGUUAUAGGCGCCGGGGCAGCGGGUGCAAUCACAGUUUCUGCAUUACAAGCUGAGAACUACUUUGAAAGAGUUCGCGUUUUUGAACGUCGAGAAUCAGCCGGAGGGACCUGGAUACACGACCAAGACCCAGGUCCUCCUCGCGCCGUCCACCCCGGAAAGCUUCCCACUGAAAUCGACCGACCGCUCCAAAUUCCGAAUGACUUGCCUCGGGUUACGGCUCCCUGCAGCCAAGAGCGCUGGACCUUGACACCAAUUUAUGAUACUUUGACAACCAACGUACCUGACAUAGCCAUGAGCUUCUCAGACUCGAAAUUCCCAUACGGCCCUUUCGUACCGCACUACGUUGCCAAGCAGUAUAUUGAAAACUAUUUCGCAAUCCACAAAACCGACUACCUUUUAGAGCUUAAUACCACCGUGGAAGAUCUUUCAAGUGUGCCUGCAGGUGGUCGAGAUGCCGCGGCUUGGAAGUUAACACUAAGAAAAUACGACCCUACUAGACACGUGGAUAUUUGGUGGGAAGAAUUCUUUGACGCUGUUGUCUUGGCGAAUGGACACUACUCGGUUCCUUAUGUGCCGCAGGUUGAGGGUCUUGAACAAUACAUCAAAAAAUACCCCGGCCGAGUAUCACAUUCCAAAUUCUACCGCUCUCCUUUAGUCUAUGAGUCUAAGAGGGUCAUUGUGGUUGGAAACUCUGCAUCCGGCCACGACGUCAGUACCGACUUGGUCACAGCAGCGCAGCAUCCCGUGUAUGUAUCUCGACGGUCCAAGUCCAAAUGGGACGGCGAUGAUCCUCCUUUCGGCAUAUCGUGGAAGCCGACUAUAAGAGAAUACAAGCAAGAUGGCACAGUCAUCUUCAGCGACGGCACAUAUCUGGAUAACAUCGACACAAUUAUCUACUGCACAGGGUACAAAGCCUCGUUUCCAUUCUGGAACGAAAAGACCAAUAAGGGAUCAUUGUGGGAUUACAAGCGUGACAGAUUAGUCGGGAGCUACCAGCAUACCUUUUUUCGUGAUUACCCAAACCUUGGGAUCGUUGGUCUACCGAGGACUCUGACCUUCCGAAGCUUUGAAUACCAAGCUAUUGCACUGGCUAGACUCUGGUCGAAUAGAAAUUCAGUGGCUCUGCCUCCCCGUGAAAUACAGGAAUGGUGGGAAACCGAACAGGACAGGAAGACGAGAUCGAGGCGCGGCAAGUUCCACGAUAUACCAUGGGAAAAUGGCGAGACGACAGAAUACUUGGAGUAUUUGUUCAAGAUUGCCGGUCUCGGCACCAUUCAUGGCGAAGGCAGGAUUCCACCAGCGUUGGGUAAAGAGAUGGUAUGGGCGAUAGAACAUAUACACAAAUACCCAGAGCCUCCUACCCACGAAAAGAAUGGAGUAGGUGAAGACGAAGAUGAGGGAGAAAGUUGGCUUUUGGUGCCUGAUAGACGUAAAGAUCUGUUUGGCUUUCUUUAG